ACUGUUGUUUACGGCAAAAACCAAAGUUGGGAAACCAAGGGCGGACUUGAGACGCAAUUCAAAAAACCCGAUUUGAUGAGCUAUUUGGAUCCCGAUUUAUAUUUGCCCGUAAUUUGGGUUGGAUUUUCCAAACAUUUUCGCCAAUCACGAUCCCCAAACAACAACGGAACAACCUUCGCUUCUUCGAUCAAUCUUAUCAAACUCAGUUCAGUUUCUGCUGGUCCUGCAUUUCGAUUCAAUCUUCCAAUUUUUUUAUUUGGGGUUUAGAAUUUUGUGUUUGAUUAUCAUUGUCAUCAUGAAAUUCAAGAAAGGGAGUAAGGUUGAGGUGUUGAACACAAGAGAGGCGCCUCUGAGUUCCUGGUGGUGUGCCGAGAUCAUUUCCAGUAAUGGGCAUAAUUAUGUGGUCAAGUAUGAUAGGAAAUUACCAGAAAUGGGUGCUUCAGUGGAAAUGGUAUCAAUGGAGGUCAUUAGGCCCUGCCCUCCUUCAGCGAAGAGUUCUAGGAGUUGGGUGCCUGGGGACAUAGUUGAGGUUUUUGACUAUGGUUUCUGGAAGCCUUCAGUUGUGUCUAAGGUAAUUGAAGGGGAUUACUUUAUUGUCAGGCUGCUUGGACUCCACAGUCGACUCAGGGUUCAUGCAUCUGAUCUUAGGCUGCGACAGAGUUGGCAAAAUAACAAAUGGAUUGUCAUCGGGCAGGAUUCCAGAAAAUACGAUGAGGGAAAGAUAAACCGGUUGGCUAAGGAAGUAAGGCUCAGUGAGCAAAUAGCUCAACCCUCUGAAGAUUAUGCAGGAGGUCAAUAUAUCCACUUUGCAAAUGUUGAUGUCCAUGAUGAACAUGUUCAGCUUCCCUCCAAAAGGGGCAAUAAAAGGGCUAGAGCUUCCUUGCCCUCCAUUGAUGCCCGCAAUGUUCCUCAUAGAAAGAGGAGAUCAUUCAAGAAAGAGGGGAGGUUCCAAGAUAAUGUUGAAGAGCAUCUGCCCCAUUUGUUGGAAAAGGUAGUUGCUGUUGCUUCCCCUCAAAAAGUGAUGGGUGAAAUAUACAUGCAUGCUUCCUUAAACAACAGAACUACUGGAUUUUCCCAAAUGGACAUGGCAAGAAGAAAACCAUCUGAUGAUGUUGAAUAUGAUUAUAUAACAUGUGUAGAACCUAAUGAUGUUGGGACUAUGUCAUCUUCUGUUGGUAGUUGCAGUACUAGCCAUAGUCGGUAUAUGCCACUUCAUUCCAUGACUUGUCAUGUAGAAGCUAGUUCUAGUCCUUCAGAUGAGAUUGAUUCCUGUUGUGGGUCUGGAAGAGAAGAGUCUCUUCCUAUAAAUGAAGUGUUGGCAGCAGAGGUUCAUAAACUAGAGUUGUAUGCGUACCGUUCCACCAUUGAGGCAUUAUAUGCUUCUGGGCCCCUAAGUUGGGAGCAAGAAACAUUGAUGACAAAUCUUCGCCUUAUGCUCCACAUCUCGAAUGAUGAACAUCUAAUGGAGCUAAGGCAGUUAGUGUCGGCAGAGAUGUCCUAAUUAUGUUGAAGGCAUUGAUAUGGUUUUAUAGGGUUUCAUUGAUGUUAGGUUUCUUUUCUUUCUUUCUUUCCUUCUUUCAUUCCUUUAUUGCAGUUCUAAUUGUUUCCUUUUAUUGUAACUUGCGGAAUGGAUAAGUCUGAUCCAAGUUCUGUGUACAUCAAAGACAGUAAAAUCCUGUGACAUUUUCUUUUUGUAUAACUAACUUCUUUAAAUUAAUGAUAUAUCUCAGCAAUUAAUGCAGCUUCUCCUUGACAUGUUUUUAAUUUGUUGGCCAUGUUCUGCGUUCUGUGAUUGAUUAUUUUUUAUUUGUAAUAUUAGCAAUGUUGAAUAUGUCUCCAGAAAUAUUGAAAGGAGUCUUAUCAGGAGAAUGUCUUUCAUAUCAUGAGAAAUUAUGUUUGUUUUGAACAAUUUACUCUGGUUUGCUAUUCAUACUUAAUUCAUAAAACGGAUUGAGAACAUUGAUUACCUACCGGUACUUUGAAAGCUAUAUUGGGAAGGAGAUUCAUCAUUAUCUUUAACAACUAUUCGAGUGGUAAGUUGUCAUAGCUUAGAUGUUGUAAAUUGUGGUUCUUGAUGGUGUCCUUGAACAGCCAUUUUACUGAUGUUGAAGUUGCAGGUGAUAUUGCAUGGCCUCAUGCAUGUGCAUAUUUGUUUAUUCCUAUUGUUGAAUUUAGACCUGCCUUUAGUCGGAGUCCUUGCAUUCAGUUGAUUUAGUGUUUGAUGAUGUUAUAAACAUUCAAGUUCUCAAAGUGCUUUAGUUUCAUCAUUCAUAUAUGGCACUUUUGUCGUGCACCUUGUUAAGGAUGUAUA